GGAUGAAAGCUGCUGCUGUGCCUCUCCGACAUUGUGCAUGAAAAGUGUGGCGCAUGCUUUGCAAAAACAUUUGCAGCGUGUGUACAUUUUUGCCUUCAUGUGGUGUAGUUAGAUAAGAAUUCCUCCGUGUUUAGCAGGCCUUUGAUCACGCAUAUUAAAAGCGGCCGAUCCAAAUCCUAUCAGACAAAAGAUGAAAUUAGAAAGCUGUUGCCGGAAUUGGAAAAGAAGAGAAGACCUUGUAACCUUCAUUCUCUGCUUCUUGUUUCUUUUUCCUCUUCUUUUCACCCCUUGUUGCCCCCACGUUUAUAAUCCCCCUCUCUUCCUCCCUCACUCCUUCUCUCAUCUCCAACCACUGUGUCCUGAUACCCAUCCUGGAAAUCAAUUUGGGGUAUCUUGUCAGUCACCUGAACAUAAUUCUGUUUCUUGUGUCAUGACUGUUAACCUGCCUAGAGUUGCUUGACACGCUGCCUCGUUAGUAGAGCCAGUGUGGAAAAGCGAUGCCACGAUGCACCUUGUCCGUUAAUCAAUAAGGGCAAUAGCAGUGGACUUGAUUCUUCCUGUGGCUGAAUCAUUAAUGUCACAUCUGUCACAGUCGCACAUGCACCGGCGAAGGUGAAUGGGCGUCCCCAAGACACAGUCAAGAUAGAGCACUGAUUGAUUGUCACAGUAUGGAGAGAACAACUAAUGGAGCCUUGAAGAUACACAUGACACAUCAAUCCUGAUUUCUAUUUAAAGUGCACGCCGAUUUCAGAGCAGUUUUUUUUUUUUUUUUCGACAUGAGUGUCAAUUUUCAGCCAACCUGCGAUAUCAUUUUAUAUGGCCGACGAAGGCAAAUAAAGUGAGUCCGUGUCGGGGUUCCUCACUGAAUGGGUUUGUACUUUUCUUUUUGGCAGGAUGGAAAAUUGCAUUUUUUUUCCUCACUUCAAACCGAUUUAAGGCGAGUUUUUUUUUUUCUCUAAUCAAAUCCAUCCUUCACUUUGGGGCACAGGUAGAAAAUUUAGGGCCGGACACUCGACAUCGAUGUCCACUCGUUUUCACGAUCGUACUGAUAAAUGAGCUGAAGUGUGGAGCAGAAGUUUGUCAACAACAACAAUUCAAAAAGUAAAAAAAGAAACAAAAAAAUCUCCCAACUUACUUCGCACGGGCACAAGUAGAUGAAAAACUCACUUGCGCUGUUUCAAAUUUGAGGUGCCAAAAUGCCGCCAUUUUGGGGAAGCCUGGAACCCUGACAUGCAGUAAAACUGCAUACACUCACAAAAUUGCCCGCCAGAUGCUAAUUGAUAGAAAGGAGGCGGGUUAGUGACACCGCCACCUUGUGGAAUUUUAUAAUGUGCCUGUCAACAGAUUGCAUAAGAAACAAUUGUGGAUGUUUUGUCAUUCGGUAUUGCUUGACCGAAUGUAUCUAUAUAAUUGAUUGUUAAUUGAUUGAAUUACUCAAAGUGACCCAAGUAGCCAGACCUUUUCAUUUGAUGCACUAAGUUACAGUUCUUGUUCUAUGGUUAUCAUCAUACAUUCCUCUUUGCCUUUAUUUUCUGUAGCCUUAGUCAUCGCAAAAAACAAAUAAAAAGUAAAAUGUAUGUGUGUGUGUGUGUGUGUGUGUGUGUGUGUGUGUGUGUGUGUGUGUGUGUGUGUCAAAAAUGUCAAACAGAACGCACCGCCUGGACACACGGCAGUUGUAUGUCACACACCUGUCCUGUGCUUCUGUCCGUGUCCACACGUCAGCGAGACCGUUCGGCUCUACUUCGCUAAAAAUAAGACACACACUCGCACAAGAAAUAUGAAUAAUGGAGGACGGGGGUAGCGAGAUCCAGGUCAGAGUCAGACCCAGUUCCAGGAGCUUCAAUCCCUAAGGAGGAUACUACUAGACCACGACAUUAAUAUUCACUUUGUAGCAUCUAGCACAUCUGCAGACUUGCAGUUAUCCUCUGGGCCGAGACUAACGGGCUGGAGGCUAGCCGAGGUUUGUACAUGAUGGGCCCGCAGAAUGCAUCUGUGCAUUUUUGUCUCUUUUAUUCAUGCGAUGCAGUGUGCAAUAAAUUCCUGAUUGAGUUUAAACAGAUGUCAGAUUGAUUUGGGUUGACAAAUGGUAGCACAUUAACAUUCAUUAGCGUAAGUAGAGGACGUUUAUUGAUGAUGCCGCAAAUGACUUUUAAGAGGGAGUUUGUUUAUUUAUUUUUAAUAAUAGGCCCUCUCAAAUCUCAAUGGAAGGAUGGAAACUCUUCUCAAUAUUGUACCGAAGUGGUUUCCAAACUUUUUACACUAAGUAUGAACUCACAAAAAAAAAAUCAUAUCUUGCCAGGUUGGACCAUCGCAACUACAAUUAAAUUGCAGUAGUAUAGUGGGCCUAAGUGUUCGUCAUAACCCAGACAGAGGUUUUAGUAUAUUGAAUACUAUUGUAAAGCAAUGUCAUUUUAUGCACCGCUUGAUCAAUAAGGAUUAAAAAUUUAAUCCAAAUGUGCUCAAAGGUUACCGGUAAUUAGCAUGUACCAAUGCUUAUUCAUUGAUUUGUUCCCAUAUCUCUAACGGUGCACACACCACGUUUUUAAAAGCAGUGCAGCACCAAAAUAGAAUGAGAGAACAGUGUUUCAUCUGAAACACAAGGCGUAGGUGAGUAAUAAUCUGUUCUCGUUGAAAGGCACCUCAUUUAUCCAGCCAUUAGUGUCUCUAAUUCACACGUUGUCAUUUCGACAUGUUCUCGCAACGCUUGAAAGAAUGUUAUUUCAACAUCUUUCCGACAGCUGUGCUUCUCAAACUUUUUUGACACCCAAGUUUUGCUUUGCCACCCUGUUCAGUAUUCAGUGUAAAUAUAAGUGUCAUUUUUGAGUGCAACAACAGUGAGUAUGUCCCUCAGUGAAAUGUCCGAAUCUGACCCAAUUAGCGGUUUCCCCCUCCCCAAUGUCAUCGGAUUCAAGUUGUGUAACAAGGUCUCAGUGGGUGACUGUGCAAUUCACGAUGAGCAAUAUCUACGAGUCUGCAGAGGCCACGCUGGGCUUCAUCAGCUCUCCGUGCCUCACCAAAGUGGAGCUCAGAGUGGCCUGUCGGGGAAUCUCAGACCGAGACGCCCUCUCCAAACCCGACCCUUGCGUGGUUCUGAAGAUGCAGUCACACGGCCAGUGGUUUGAGGUGGACCGGACGGAAGUGAUCCGCAGCAGUAGCGGCCCAGUCUUCUCCAAGAUCUUUCUGGUGGAUUACUACUUUGAAGAGGUGCAAAGGCUGCGUUUCGAACUUCUCGACAUCAGCUCGGGCAACAAUGGCCUCCGUGAUGCUGACUUCCUCGGGGCCUUGGAGUGCACCUUGGGACAGAUUGUCUCACAAAGGAAACUCACCAAAGCACUCCUCAAACAGGGAAAUACUGCCGGGAAGUCUUCUAUCAUGGUGACGGCGGAGGAGCUGUCCGGCAACGACGACUAUGUCGAGCUCUCCUUCAGUGCUCGUAAGCUGGACGACAAGGAUUUCUUCAGCAAGUCAGAUCCAUUCCUGGAGAUUUUUCGAAUCAAUGAUGAUGGGAGCGAGUCCCUCGUACACAGGACAGAGACGGUCAUGAACAACUUGAGCCCCGUUUGGAAAUCCUUCAAAGUUUCCUUGAACACACUCUGCAGCGGAGACCAGGAAAGGGAGCUAAAGUGCACCGUUUGGGACUGGGACUCGAAUGGAAAGCAUGAUUUCAUUGGGGAGUUUCAGACCACGUUUAAGGAGAUGAGGGCAGAACAGGAGGGCAAGCAGUGGGAGUGCAUCAACCCUAAAUAUCAGAUGAAAAAGAAGAAUUACAGAAACUCCGGGGUCGUCUUUCUUAACCACUGUAAGAUCAUCAAAAUGUAUUCCUUCUUGGAUUAUAUCAUGGGCGGCUGUCAAAUCCAGUUCACAGUGGCAAUAGACUUCACAGCAUCCAAUGGGGAUCCUCGAAACAGCUGCUCCCUCCAUUACAUCCACCCCUACCAACCCAACGAAUAUCUCAAAGCUUUAGUGGCCGUGGGGGAGAUCUGCCAAGACUAUGACAGCGAUAAAAUGUUCCCGGCGUUUGGUUUUGGAGCUUUAAUACCGCCUGACUUCAAGGUGUCGCAUGAUUUUGCCGUCAACUUUGACGAAGACAAUCCCGAAUGCGCCGGAAUCCAAGGUGUGGUUGAGGCUUACCAAAAUUGCCUUCCCAAAAUUCAACUCUACGGGCCCACCAAUAUCGCCCCCAUCAUCCAGAAAGUAGCCUCAUCCGCCUCAGAGGAGAUGCACACCAAAGAGGCCAUGGAAUAUUUCAUCCUCCUCAUUCUGACAGACGGCGUCAUCACCGACAUGGCCGACACGCGGGAGGCCAUCGUGCACGCCUCCCACCUCCCCAUGUCCGUCAUCAUCGUCGGCGUGGGCAACGCCGACUUCACCGACAUGCAGAUUUUGGACGGCGACGACGGCAUCCUGCGUUCGCCCAAGGGCGAGCCCGUCCUCCGGGACAUCGUCCAGUUCGUGCCCUUUAAGGAUUUCAAGCACGCGUCCCCAGCUGCCCUGGCAAAAAGUGUUCUGGCAGAAGUCCCGAACCAGGUGGUGGAUUACUACAACGCUAAAGGCAUCAAACCCAAGUGUAUGUCGGACUAUGAGUCAACAAGGACCUUCAGUCCCUGACGAUGGACGAGCUAUAUACAUGUUUACAAUACAAGUGUGCAUUGCUUACCCCCCUGCGCCCCCUUUACACACACACCCACACACACAUAUUCAUGUAAAUACGUAGACCUUUGUCUAGCUCAGAGAAACAAAUAGACUACUGCAUGUUUGGCUUUGAUGGCCUUAGCCGGGAAUCCAUCCUUGUAUAUCUUCCACAUGUUUCUAGAUACGAGUUUACCGAAUCAGCAUGCAGAUCUCAGCCAACGCCAAGAAAUGACACCAUACCUUAUUUGGAUAACUAGCAAGUGCGUCGAUAGCGCAAAUGUGAUGAAUGUAUUCUGAGAACUAGCAUUGCACUUUGUAUUCAAAUUAUUUCCGUGGAUAUUAGUUUCCCUGUUCGUGUUUUGCAGAAAUGCAUACAUAAUUCUGCUAGCUACUCCCUCGUAGAAGGCUUGCUGGUUAUGAAAAAAAGUAUCUGUCAUUUCAAAGAUAUUAUGGGCUGUUUUUUUUUCUACAGCAUUCUUUUUUGGGGUGGGGGACAUAAUUGUAAUAAUUUCUUAAUAACCUUCCUAAAUUGUAAAGAGUUUUGCAGGGGUAGCUUGGUGUGGGUUGUAGGCACUGAUCUGUGAACUCUUUUUUUUCCUUGUAAACUGCAUGUGGAUUAUAAUAAAGGCGCUUUGUUUUUCUCA